CAAGGAAUCAUAUUACUGCAAGAACUUUGCUGAAACAAAGAAGAUAUAUUGGACAAAUGGGAAAUUAUAAAUCUAGACCAACCCAAACUUGCACUGAUGAAUGGAAGAAGAAAGUUAGUGAAUCAUAUGCUAUAAUCAUAGAACGAUUAGAAGAUGACCUGCAAAUCAAAGAAAAGGAGCUGGCGGAACUGAAGCAUGUUUUUAGCUCUGAUGAAGCCUUCUGCAAAGUCAAUUUAAAUUAUCGCACAGAAAAUGGGCUCUCUCUCCUUCAUUUAUGUUGCAUGUGUGGGGGUAACAAAUCACAUAUUAGAACUCUUAUGCUAAAAGGAUUACGCCCAUCCAGAUUAACAAGAAAUGGAUUUACAGCUCUGCACUUGGCAGCUUAUAAGGACAAUGCAGAACUGUUAACAGCACUGCUGCAUGGUGGAGCCGACAUUCAGCAAGUCGGGUAUGGAGCUCUGACAGCCCUUCACAUUGCCACAAUUGCUGGCCAUCAUAAGGCUGUUGAUAUUCUUUUGCAGCAUGGAGCUUAUGUGAAUGUUCAGGAUGCAGUUUUUUUCACCCCAUUGCAUAUUGCUGCAUAUUAUGGCCAUGAAGAGGUAACCCACCUCUUACUAAAGUUUGGAGCUGACGUGAAUGCAAGUGGUGAAGUUGGAGACAGACCUCUCCAUUUGGCUUCUGCCAAAGGUUUUCUCAACAUUACAAAGCUCUUGAUGGAAGAGGGAAGCAAAGCUGAUGUGAAUGCUCAGGACAAUGAAGAUCACGUUCCUCUACACUUCUGCUGUCGAUUUGGACACCAUGAAAUCGUAAAGUUCUUACUGCAGAGCAGCUUCGAAGUUCAGCCCCAUGUGGUGAAUAUCUAUGGAGACACACCUUUACAUCUUGCGUGUUACAAUGGAAAGUUUGAAGUUGUCAAGGAAAUAAUUCAGCUCUCAGGAACAGAAAGUCUCACUAAAGAAAAUAUAUUCAGUGAAACAGCUUUCCACAGUGCUUGCACCUAUGGAAAGAACAUAGAACUUGUAAAAUUUCUUCUUGACCAGAAUGUUGUAAGCAUCAAUCACCAGGGAAGAGAUGGACAUACAGGAUUACACUGUGCUUGCUACCAUGGUCAUAUUCGACUUGUACAGUUCUUACUGGAUAAUGGAGCUGAUAUGAAUCUGGUAGCUUGUGAUCCCAGCAGGUCCAGUGGAGAAAAGGAUGAGCAGACCUGUUUGAUGUGGGCUUAUGAGAAAGGUCAUGAUGCCAUUGUGACCCUUCUGAAGCAUUAUAAGAGACCUCAAGAUGAAUCACCCUGUAAUGAAUACUCACAACCUGGAGGCGAUGGUUCCUAUGUGUCAGUUCCAUCCCCUCUAGGAAAGAUUAAAAGCAUGACUAAAGAAAAGGCAGAUGUUCUUCUCCUCCGUGCUGGUUUGCCAUCACAUUUCCAUCUUCAGCUCUCUGAAAUAGAGUUCCAUGAGAUUAUCGGCUCAGGGUCUUUUGGAAAAGUAUAUAAGGGACGAUGCAGAAAUAAAAUUGUUGCAAUCAAGCGCUAUCGAGCCAAUACCUACUGCUCCAAAUCUGAUGUGGACAUGUUCUGCCGUGAAGUUUCCAUUCUCUGCCGAUUGAAUCAUCCAUGUGUCAUCCAGUUUGUGGGAGCUUGCUUAGAUGACCCAAGUCAGUUUGCUAUAGUCACUCAGUAUAUUUCUGGAGGAUCGCUCUUCUCCCUGCUUCAUGAACAGAAGAGAACUCUUGAUCUGCAGUCUAAAUUAAUCAUUGCUGUAGAUGUUGCCAAAGGCAUGGAGUACCUCCACAAUCUCACACAACCAAUCAUACAUCGUGAUUUGAACAGUCACAAUAUUCUCCUGUAUGAGGAUGGUCAUGCAGUUGUUGCUGAUUUUGGAGAAUCUAGAUUUUUGCAAUCCGUGGAUGAAGACAAUAUGACAAAACAACCUGGGAACCUACGCUGGAUGGCCCCUGAGGUGUUCACCCAGUGUACAAGGUACACCAUAAAAGCUGAUGUUUUCAGCUAUGCUUUGUGCCUCUGGGAGCUGUUAACGGGUGAAAUUCCGUUUGCUCACCUGAAACCAGCGGCGGCAGCAGCAGAUAUGGCGUACCACCACAUCCGCCCACCCAUCGGGUACUCCAUCCCCAAGCCCAUCUCCACCUUGCUGAUGAGGGGCUGGAACGCCUGUCCCGAGGGGAGACCAGAGUUUUCGGAAGUAGUCACAAAAUUAGAAGAAUGUCUGUGCAAUAUUGAGUUAAUGUCUCCAGCCUCCAGCAACAGCAGUGGUUCUCUGUCUCCCUCCUCAUCUUCGGACUGUCUUGUUGCACGAGGAGGUCCUGGCCGUAGUCACGUUGCAGCACUACGUAGUCGGUUUGAAUUGGAAUAUGCCUUGAAUGCACGAGCUUACGCUGUCUGGUCACAGAGCACUGGGCACCACCCUUCUCAGGGUCUGUCUUUGGAUGACAUGAGAAGAAACUUCCAGUACCCACCAAUCGACAAAAAUGGCUAUGUGUCGGAUCCCAUGAGUACCAUGAGGUUUCAUUCCUGCAGCAGCAGUGGCAGCUUUGAAGAAAGCAGCUGACAGCAUGAACCGUCCGCCUGCAGAGGGACUCACCAUCAACCGGCAGCAACAGUUCUCACAGUAUCAGUCUAACUCCCAGGCAUCGUGUGUUACAGUGAAGAUUCCUAAACUGAACAGCUUUAUUUGUUGAUGGCAAAUGCCCCUGUCAUAAGUUCUGCUCUAGCAUCUUUCUCUGCUGACCUGCUUGAGAGUUGGUGUUUUUUUGGUGGUGUGCAUCUAUUCUUUAAUGAAGCGAACGUCCACAAGGAAUGCUGCACUUUCAUCUUGAGCAUUAAUAAUUAGAAGAGAUGAAAGUAAAAAUGCAUCUGGUAUAUUUUCAGAGCUUCAAGGCAAGAUGUUCUUAGCUUGGACUGCACAAAGGCUUGGGGCUAUCAGCCCCUCCCUGACCGGUAGGUGCCAGGGAGCUGCCAGCCCAGUCCCCAUCAAGAAGAGGAGCAGCCUGUCACUCCCCACCACCAUCCAGGCCACUGUGGAGGCAAAGUUUUUCCUGCUCCCAGCUUCUGAACCAGAUCUAGUUUCUUUUUUGAGUUCCCCGCAGUCCCAGACAUGUCCCCUGUCUCAUUUUCAUCACCAUGGGCUCAGGCAGGUCCCCAGCACAGCAGCCCCAUGGCUGCAGCUCUUCAGAGCCCUGAUCUUUGGGUGCUCUCCUGCUCGAUGAGAAUAAAGAGAUGUUUGGGUAGCCAUCUUAACUGUACUCUUCCAGACAUUUGUGUUUUCUUAGCCACUUUCUUGUUUUGGUUUGAGUGAUUGUUUUUCCCAAAGAGUGUAAGCUUUCAUUCUGACAUUUGCUUACAAAAAGCAACACAGGUACUCCAAAACAAACUUUAAAACAGAAGGAAAGUAUGUAAAAUUGUGUCACAAAUAUGAUAAUGUUAACACAGUGCAAAGUUGCAUUUUUGACUCAAAGUAAAACUGCGGCAGAGUGCCAUCUAGCGCGUGCAGAGCUAAAUGAGUGCCAUGACUGGGCUUUGCAACAGCAAUUCUGAUCACUGGGAAUUGAAAAAAAAAAAAAAAAAAAAAAAAAGAGGUAGGGCAGGAGAACUUGAACUCUUCUUCUAGAAGCAAUUACAGAGUUAAUUAUGGUGUUAUUUUCUGGGGUCUUUUAUCAAAUUAGCAAAAUUUAGCUGCAAGCAAUCCUGCUGUAAUAGUAUUCCUUAACUAGCUUCAAAGACAGAGCUGACAUUGGCUGAGUAGAAAUCAGUGUUCACAAUUGCUGUGUGUUGCUCUGUGGAUAUUAUUCAGGAUGUUGGGUUCUUACAGCUAUGAUCCCCGAACCCAGGUCUGCGAUGAGGCAUCGUGCAGUGCAACACACAUGAACUAUAAAUGCGUAGUAGGCUCUACCAACUCACACCUUCCAUGCAUGGCAUUAAUUUCACAGUCCUGAAGCAAUAAAAAUGGGGAAGAUUUCACUUA